AUGUCUGGGCCGGCCUGCAGUGACGAGGCGGGGCUAGAGCGUCUGCUCAGGCCAGCGCAAAAGGAGGAGGGGUCAGAGGAGGAGGAGGAGGGGCGCAGGGCUCCCAAAGGGCCUCGCCUCCCUCGGUUCCUCCUGGACGCCCCGCGAUGCGCUCAGCGGCCGCACCGGGGUGAGGCAGCCUCUUGGGGCCUGCGCUUCGGAGCGAGCGCAGCAGGUCGGCGCGCGCGCAUGGAGGACGCGCAUUGCGCUUGGCUCGCGUUACCCGGGCUGCCCCAGGGCUGGGCUUUCUUGGCUGUCCUCUUGGCUGUCCUCGACGGCCCAGGCGGAGCGCGAGCAGCCCUCUUCGGCGCGCGCCACCUGCCCCGGCACGUGCUCUUGCGUGGGACCCUCCGCCUGGCUUUCUGGAGCGCAGACGCACGCCUGCGCUCGCUCUGGCCCCGCGGCGAACCAGACGGCUCUACCGCGGUGGUGUUACUCGUCUCCCCGCACUUUCUGUACCUGGCACACUGCGGUGACUCUCGCGCGGUGCUGAGCCGCGCUGGAGCUGUGGCCUUCAGCACCGAGGGCCAUCGACCCCUCCGGCUCCGGGAACGCGAGCGUAUCCGUGCGCUUCUCUGCGCGCAGCUGUUGGAUACGUGCCUGUGCAAGGGCAGCCUGGACAACAUGACCUGCAUCCUGGUCUGCUUCCCCGGGGGGGUCCCCAGGCCUUGCAAGGAGGAAGCGCCGUGUUCCUCUGCCCAGGAGCCCCCCAGCCUGAACAAGGUGUUCAGGACUCUGGCCUCUGAGGACAUCCCGGAUUUACCUCCUGGGGGAGGGCUGUACUGCAUGGCCGCUGUCAUCGCUGAAGCUUAUUCUCAGCUCUUCCAGGCCUCAGGGCAGCGCUGGGCGGGGCCCACCUCCUAG